AGGAUCGUCAAUUAUUGCGCGGCGCGCAUAUAUGAUUAGGCCUGCAGAAAUACGCCAUGGCGGCCGUUACGCGUGCGCAAUCGGUCUGUCCAUCAGAACACGCCGUACCUAUGGGCUAUGACGACGAGCCGCUCCUCGGGCGCUACAACGAGGCCGUGCGGCUGGAGAAGACGGCCGCCGCCGCCGACGGCGACGCCAGCUUCGUGCAGACUUGCCUCAACGGCCUCAACGCCUUGACAGGUGUCGGCCUGCUAUCGGUGCCCUACGCGCUGUCGGAAGGGGGCUGGCUGAGCCUGGCGCUGCUGGCCGCCGUGGCCGCCGUCUGCUGGUACACCGGCCUCCUCCUCCAGCACUGCAUGGCCGUCGACCCGGCCGUCCGCACGUUCGCCGACAUCGGCGAGCGCGCCUUCGGCCGCGCCGGCCGACUCCUCGUGGCGGCCUUCAUGUACGCGGAGCUCUACCUCGUCGCCAUCGGCUACCUCAUCGUCGACGGAGACAACCUCGACAAGCUCUUCCCGGGCGCCGCCGUCAGCCUCGGCCCCGCGUCGCUCUCGGGGAGGCAGCUGUUCGUCGUGCUCGUCGCGCUCGCGGUCGCGCCCACCACGUGGCUGCGCAGCCUCGGCGUGCUCGCCUACGUCUCCGCGACGGGCGUGUUCGCGUCGGUGCUCAUCGUCCUCAGCGUGCUCUGGGCCGCGGCCGUCGACGGCGUCGGGUUCUCGGCGCCGGGGGCGACGGCGCUGAGGCCCGCCAGGCUCCCCACGGCUCUCGGGCUCUACACCUUCUGCUUCUGCGGCCACGCAGUCUUCCCCACGCUCUACACCUCCAUGAAGGAAAAGCGUCGGUUCCCAAAGAUGCUGGCGAUCUGCUUCGUGCUGUGCACGCUCAACUACGGGUCGAUGGCGGUGCUCGGCUACCUCAUGUACGGCGACGGCGUGCAGUCCCAGGUGACGCUCAACCUCCCGGCGGCGCGGCUCAGCUCCAAGGUCGCCAUCUUCACCACGAUCGUCAACCCGCUCUCCAAGUACGCGCUGGUGGUCACGCCCAUCGCCAUGGCCGUUGAGGAGAGGAUCGGCUCGGGCUCGUCGGCCGCCGCCUCGAUGGCGGUGAGGACGCUGCUGGUGCUCAGCACGGUGGCCGUGGCCCUCGCUGUGCCGUUCUUCGGGUACCUGAUGGCGCUGGUGGGGUCGCUGCUCAGUGUGGGCGCCUGCGUGCUACUGCCCUGCGUCUGCUAUGUCAGGGUGUUCGGCCUGCCGGCUCGCGCCGCCGAGGCCGCGGCCAUCGCGGCGAUCCUGGCGCUGGGCUCGCUGCUGCUGAUCACCGGGACGUACUCGUCACUCGUGCAGAUCAUCCACGAGCUGUCAAGCUGAUCUGAUGCUGAUAUGGCUGUGCGUGCUGGGCUCCUGGGCAGAUUGCGUGCACAUUUUGUGCACGCAUGUUCAAAGCAUACUCCCUCCGUACUAAAUUACUAUUCGUUUUGAUUUUUUUAGAUUUAUAGCUUUUGCUAUACACCUAAAUUAAUAUAUGCUAUGUUUAGGGACGUAGCAAAAUCUAUGUACGUAGAAAAGUCAAAAAUGAAUAUUCAUUUGGAACAGAGAAAAUACUAUAUUUUAUCCUUCUUAAUUA